AUAGUGUCUACUACCUACCUAUACUAAUUUCCUAGAAGUUACUAGGUAGACAGUUAGGUACUGCAGAAGUGUGUUUUGUAGUACGUACAUAAUUUGGAAAAAUAUGACGAUGAUAAAUAUUCACCUACUCAGUACUCCCUUAAGAAAGUACUGUAUGACCAUAAUAGGCAACAGAUAUGAAGUUUUAGUUUGAUUUAAUCAGCAAAAAAUUCAAAUUCAAGUAAUUCAAGCAUGUUAACUGACUUUUCACAUCAAAAUUACUGCUGUUUUGCUUCUUGAAAACUUAAAAAUUUUGAAAACUUUAGCCCUCGCUUCACUUGGGCCAAUGUAGUUUUCUUCUUCAUACUCACGAUUUUGAGAAACAAUUAACCAUUAAGUACCUAAUUAAUAAAAUUUUUUAAAAGUUUAGAUCAGAAAGAACGAAUUCACACAUUAAAAUUUUUGUUGUUUUACUUUUCAUUUCACAAGUUUUCCAAAAAAUUUUCCCUCACUUCGCUCGGGCUAAUUUUGGUUUUUCUUCUGUGCUGUGAUUGAAUUUGAAAAAUGUUGAAAUCAGAAAAACCGAAUUCUCACAUUAAAAUUGACGUUGUUUUACUUAUCAAAUCACAAGUUUUUCCAAAACUUUUGCCCUCGCCUCGCUGGGGCCAUUCAAUAUGCUGCUUUCAAAAGUUUUCAGAAUUAUGUACUUACUACUUACUACAAGGGAACCUCUUGACGAGUCCGCCUUCGAUUUGAACGGACGGUGAUUUUUGGAUAGAGCAUGUUCUAAAACCACCAAAUCCAAAUUUUCAGCUGCCCAAGUUCAUUUUUCGAUUUUUGGCGAAAAAAGUAUGUACUUACUUGAUCAGUAAAAAUGUUCAAAAUAAGUCCCAAAACUGAUAUUAUCCCUCCAAAUCUAAAUUUCGCCAUUUCCAGCCAUUCAUACCUAUUAUUUUUUCAGCUAUAUACCACCCAUGCGUUGUUUUAGUCCGAACAUGCCUAUUACUUUGGAAGCUGUAACAUGCGAAUUAACUAAGCAAGAAUCGCUGUUAGGGCAAAUUCAUUUUGAAAUGAAUGCAGGAUUUAUAAGUAAAGAAAAAGAAGACCAAUUAUGGGGCGUACAAAGAAAUAUCACUCAGUUAAAGCGUAAACUGAAAUCGUUGGAAAAAGAAAUACAACAAAAACUGAAAGCACAGGAAUCCACAUCUUCUUUGCAAGGAACGGAUAAAGAUGAGGAAGGUGAAACGACUGCCAAUAAUGCUUCAGAUGGGAGUGUUAGUUUGCUAAUGGAAAAACUCAAUGAGAAUACAAGAGCUGACACUAGUGAUGGCAAACUAUCGAUAGUUUUUCAAUAGUAUCGAUAGUUUUUUUUAACUAUCGAUAGUUUGUCCGAUAGUUUUUGGAUGCUAUCGAACUAUCAUCCAAUGUUUUAUUAAAUUUUUAACCAAAUUUUUGUAAAAAAGGAUCGUUAUUGUUCAUUUUUUCAAUAAAAAAAAGUGUUGUUUCUUUUUUUCUCUCUCAAAAUGAUGUCCCUUGAUUUUUUCAGAUAAAAAACGUAAUAAUGAACCUCCAACCUCGUGGAAUCACAUCCAUUAUCAGUUUUUAAUGAAAAUUGAAAACUACCGAAAAAACUAUCGAUAGUAAAAACUAUUGAAAUUUUCACUCGAAAACACUAUCGAUAGUAAAAACUAUCGAUCGUUGCCAUCACUAGCUGACACAACUCCCAGUGUAGAUGAAUCUUUAGAUAAGCAAAUAAACUACGAAUCUAGUCAAGAAAAUUUAAAUCAUCCUCCUAGUGAAGAUAGCGACGAUGAAACAAAAGCAUUGGAAUUUGAAAGUGAAGAAUUGAUAAGCCUUAUGGAAGCUAUGCAAGAAGAAAUAAAAAUCGAACGCUUGAAAAUAAAUCAAUAAUUGAAAGCUGAAUUAAGCGCAGCCAAACUUGAUACCAGUGUCAAUGAAUGUUUAUCAAAUCUGCCCGACGAAUUGAUCAAAGAUGAGAAUAAUCGAGAAGCUAUAAGCGAGUACAACAGACUGCAAAUACAGCAGAAAAUUUUGAUCCAUACUAUAAUGGAAGACUGAGAAUCAAUUGUCGACUUGAAAGUUCAGAUUGCUAUGGCUCAGUACAAAUAUAAACAAGCAAAUUUACAUUGAAAAUGCGUCCAUUUAGAUGAACUGGACAAAGAUAU